AUUCACUCUAUCAGCGUGCGUUUGAGGGGACUAGUGGUUGGAGUAAGGAGUUGCCGGGCAGUAGUGCACCACAAAAGCUUUUUUGGGAAGGAAGCUUCGCCGCAAACUGCACCACAGAGAAAAGAAACGACCCCCGGCGACGACUCUCUUGAAAUUAAUAAACACGACGACUGCGCCCGCACGCACAGUCAACAAACGCAGCCGAGCUAACCAGCUAGCAUCCCUUGCAAACUGACGGGAUCAAGGUGUUGAUAGCUAGCCUAGCUAAUUAUCCACCAGCUAGUAGCAUCAUUAGCUCGCUUUUCCUCCUCGCGCACGUCGAAUCUUGACCGUUGACCGGGGAGGUGCCGCGAGCCGCAUCCUACAUUUUUAUCCAAACAGACGGGAGCUUCGCAACGGAGUGCUGGAGACAGCGUCUGCGUCGCAUUAGCUGAUACCAUCACACCCAUCUCCCCAACCCCUUCACCUCUGCCCCUCUCCCUCCACCCGAAACACUGGAAAUCCACAAGCGACCGGAGAGCGGCGACGGGCCAGCAAAGCUGGGGGUGGUACCGGACUCACACGGAGUCGUAGCGGCUUCAGACAAGCUCAGCCGUGGGGAUCUACCGACAAUUAUGGACGGGCUGGCCGUGGAAGUUCGCGGCUCGAAUGGGGCCUUCUACAAGGGUUACAUCAAGGAUGUCCACGAGGACUCCCUCACAAUAGUAUUCGAAAACAACUGGCAGCCAGAGAGACAGCUGCCCUUCAGUGAUGUGCGGCUGCCUCCUCCAGCUGACUAUCACAAGGACAUUGGUGAGGGAGAGGAAGUGGAGGUCUAUUCCAGGGCCAACGAACAGGAGCCGUGUGGAUGGUGGCUGGCCCGGGUCAGAAUGAUGAAGGGAGAGUUCUACGUGAUUGAAUAUGCAGCAUGCGACGCCACAUACAAUGAGAUCGUCACAUCGGAGCGCAUCCGGCCCCUCAACCCCAACAGCCCCUCCUCUCGAAACUCCUUCCACAAGGUCCCCAUCCCUGUCCCAGAAGACCUGAGAGACAUCUGUGCAAAUGACAACAUUCACAAAGACUUCAGGAAAGCCAUCGGAGCCAACUGCAUCUUCUACAGUGCCCAGUCACAUGAACUCAUUGUGCUGUCUACAAAUGAAACAACAGUAAAGCGUGCAGCUCUUCUGAGUGACAUGCACUUCCGCAGCAUCCGUACCAAGCUCAUGCUAAUGUCCCGCAACGAAGAAGCCACCAAACAUCUGGAGACAAGUAAGCAGUUGGCAUCAGCGUACCAGGAGGAGGUGAGGGUGAGGGAGGAUCUGAUGGGCCUCGCCAUCGGCUCCCACGGCGCCAACAUCCAGCAGGCGAGGAAGGUGCCUGGUGUCACGGCCAUUGAACUGGAGGAGGAGAGCUGUACCUUCAGGAUCUACGGAGAGACCCCAGAGGCGGUGAAGCAAGCCAGAGUGUAUCUUGAGUUCAAGGAGGACUACUUCCAGGUACCCAGGAACCUUGUAGGCAAAGUCAUCGGCAAGAACGGCAAAGUCAUUCAAGAGAUCGUGGAUAAGUCGGGUGUGGUUCGCGUGCGGAUCGAGGGAGACAACGACAAAAAGCUUCCCCGGGAGGAGGUAGGCAGGCAGGGGGCUGGCAGGGACGAGUCUGCCAGCAGGAAGGAGGGCAUGGUCCCCUUUGUGUUCGUGGGAACUAAAGAAAACAUCAGCAACGCUCAGGCGCUGUUGGAGUACCAUGUGGCCUAUCUACAGGAAGUGGAGCAGCUUCGCCUAGAGCGCCUCCAGAUUGAUGAGCAGCUUCGUCAGAUUGGGGUGGGGUACCGUGCCCCCCCUAGUCGAAGUGGGGGCCCCGGUGCCGACCGGGAGAAAGGCUACCUGACAGACGAAAGCAGCAACUCACUCCACACCUCUCGCACCUAUGGGGGCCGUGGCAGAGGACGCAGGGCUUCCAACAGCCAGUAUUCUGGAUAUGGCACAAAUUCUGAGCUGUCUAACGCCUCUGAGUCUGAGGAUGUUGAGCGAGACCAGCGGCCACGUGGUGUUGGCGGAGAUGAGAGGGGCUCUCGGCGGGGUGGCAGGGGCCGAGGCUCCAACACAGGACGAGGCCGUGGAGGGCCAGCGUCCAGGCCUUCCAACUCUAUCAGCUCAGUGCUGAGAGACCCAGACAGCAACCCGUACUCCCUUCUGGAGGGUGAGGGGGAGCUGGCGGACACAGACAUGAGCGAGGGCAUGGGAGGAGGAGACCGUCGGAGACGCUCCCGACGUCGCCGCAACGACCAGGAGCCCAGCGUAAUGGACGCUGCCGCAGAGUCAGACAGCCAAGCUGGCCCCAACGAAAACGGACUAGAUGAGGAAGGCCGACCUCAGCGCCGCAACAGAAGCCGUCGCCGCCGUAACCGUGGCAACCGCCCAGAAGGAGGCUCAGCCAGCCGUGACAGACAGCCAGGUGACAGUGUGACCGUUGCUGACUACAUAUCCCGUGCUGAGUCCCAGAGCAGACAGAACCUGCCACAGAAAGAAAACCACGCUGGCCCUGAGCCCAAGGAGAACGGGACCAGCACCCAGAAGGACGAGCGAACGCCCUCCAAGCGCUCCCCCAGCAAUGGCAUGGCCUCUGCCAGCGAGACCCUGACCUUGGUCAAUGGGGUUUCGUAAAGAAACGGUCCUGCCCUUCGCGACCCCACGUCUAGAGCAAGACUUCAUGGCAAACUCUGUCCCUGCUUGCAUUAACUUAAACCUUAAACAGAUGAGUGAAAAAUACCUGACAAAAUACCUGAAUUCAUACUAUGAGAGUGAAAAAGUACAAAAAAACGACAACCGCAUCUACUUAAAAACACACGUUAACGGUGUAUGCUAUCCUAUCUAUCAGUACUUAGUGCUUAUUUAAAAAAAAAAAAAACAACUAGCUUGCCAAAAAAGAGCUGGUGGAUGUGACUUGAUUUUCAAAGAAAUACUGAAACACGAGAAACAGGACGAGACUUUUUUGUGUUUUGUUUUUGAAACUGUUGUCUUUAUUUUUGUCUUUUUUUGUGUUUGUUUUGUUCGUCGUUUAUCACUGGUUUGGACUCGGCAGUCGCUCUCUCAACUGAAACAGACGCGUCUCUUAACAGUGUUAAAGUUACAGACAGGAGAGGUGGUGACGUUAGCUGUAGGGAGGGAGGUGCGGGCGGACAGUCCAGUAGCUUCUGCGACGCGACGUUCACACCCUGAACCUGGGAGCGGAGGUAGACAGAUUGGAAUAUUGACAGACAUUGUGCCUUGAAUUUGAAAAAAAAAAAAAAAAAAAAAAAAAAACACUUGAGUUUUUCCAUUAAGUUUGUUUUUGUUUAACGAGAAAGAAAA